AUGCAGAACUUUACGUAUUCCUCAAAAUUUAGGGCUUACGAAAAAUCAGUGCAAGAAAAUGAAGAGUUUUUUUCACCAAGAGGGUCCACACGAAACAAUGCUAGUGCAUUUCACACGAGGUCAUCCCCUCCUAAAAGCUUAAACCCAAUUAAUUUGAACUCUCCAUCUCAUUCUUCAUCAUCUGAUAAUAGCCCAUCAGUUGUGCUGAAUUCCAGUAGCCUUAGGAGCAUAGCAUCAAAAUCACCGAAUAGCUUACUCAAUUUUCCAGCUUCUUUACUGCGUUAUAUCCCAUCGCCUCCACCCCGGGAGCCGAGGGCAUAUACACCAUUUUUGCCUUCAUCGUCUGAGGAUGGGGCCCGUAAUUCCUCGCCUCGGAGUUUUGAGUUUUUGGGUAUUAGAAGAGGGCCAACCCCAUCCCGUCCUCCGCCUCCACCGUUACCACCAUCACCACCACCAAGGAGACGCACCAGGAAGAAAAUGGAGGAGUUUAAGAACGACAAAAAUGGAGUUUGUGUUGAUGCCGACGAAAAAUUGGGUGGUUGUGUUCGGGGUGGUAUAUUCAGGGUUCUAGAUUUAAAUUUCAAGAGGUUAUCUAUUGCAGUCAUUGAUUCAUGGUUUGGACAGGUGAUGCUAAAUCUAGCUAUCAAGUACAAUAAAGAAGUUCAGGAAGAGGAUGAAUUGCCCCCGGAAAAGUUAGCUAUUGCUAAUGUGGGAAGGCAAGAUGCGAAGAAGCAUCUCGAGGAGCAUGUAUCUAACUUGAUGUCACGAUGCUAG